UGGCCGUUGGCCGUCCGUCGGGCUCGGCAAAAUAUUUGUGUGGCGGUGAUUAUGUUUUGAAUGUAACGUUUUGGCGCGGUUUGAAUGAUCGGUCAGUGUUUGUGAAGUGCUUGUGUUCGUGCUCAGUGAUUAGUGAUUUACCGCACCUUUGGAAUACCUCCUAUUCUGGAUAUUCGCCAUGUAAUAACGUUUCAAGGAGCCGCCGGUAGAGGGCGCCGACCCGGCCGACCCUCCGCCAGCCGUCGGGCGUCCGCGGCCCAGCUGCCGCAUCCAUGCGGGGGCCUUCUCCUGUCGCAGGAUUCGAGAACUCGGCGAUGAAGAACAGCUUCUCGCUGUCGUCGCUGCAGCCCCACUCGGGGUUCCCGGAAAGCCCGGAGCGCGCCAGGCUGCGCCUAGAGCGGCCCUACAACUCGCUCACGAAAAAGUCCAGGAGGGACCCCGAGCAGGAAGGAUGGCGCCGGUCCUGGGGCAGCCACAACAAGGACGAGUUCUGGGCCGCUCUGCAAUCGGACUACGACUACCUCAUGGACAACAAUCUAAUCGACACCUGCAAGGAGGCGAGCGGAGAUCUGUCCGUGUACAACCACGCGGCCAGUUCGGACGGGGACUGGAGCUUUAAUCAGUUCACGGCACACUUCUUGGAACUCUAUUCCUGGCUGAAUAGCAUCCAAGAGGCAGUGUACGGCAAGGAGGAGACGGUCACCGAUCGUGGACUGAGAACAAGCCAUAUGGAACGGAUGCAGCGCGAAGGCUUUCGGCGCCGAAUGUUCAACGAACAAUCUACCCGCCUGUUAGUGCGCUACCCGGACCUGCGCGACGAGGUGGCGUGGCGCGUCGCCCACCUCAACUCCAAGUGGGAGACCCUGGAGCUGGCCAUGUCCCCGUCCAUCGGGACGUCGAGCCAGCGAGACAUGUGCACGGACGUGGAGCACGAGGUUCGCUGCCUGCGGAAGUGGGUGCGAGAGAUGGAGGCGCGUCUGCAGCCGCUGGACUUCCGCGCGGGCAUCAACUGGACCUACGCGGAGCUGGAGCAGCGGGCCAAAGAACACAUGGUGCUGCAGCGAGACGUCGAGUCGCACGGCAAGAUCGUCUCCUCCGUGGUGAAGCUGUGCGAGCGCGUGGCGCACCUGCAGCAGCUGCAGCACAAGCAGGUCCACCAGGACGCCGAGGACGCCGAGCCGCGGCCGCGUCAGCAGGACCUGGUACGCGUCGCCCGCCGCCUGGAGCGCCGCUGGCACCACCUCUUCCUGCGCUCGCUGGAGUGGCAGUGCCACCUGGAGACGCUCGCCACCAAGCUACCGCAGCCGGCGCCCAGCCAGUCCGACAGCGACGAGGGCCCCGCCAGCAAGCAGCCGCGACUGUCCCUGUCGCACGAUGAGGACUUGCCGCGCCAGGGGCGGGACCAGCGGGACCAGCGGGGUCUGCCGGACCAGGGCGCCGCGGCCGCGGGCUUGAUGGACUCGGCCCAGCAGCGACAGCAACGACAGCAACUCAGGAACAUGGUCGGAGCCUCCACUGGAAUCAAGGCCACCAUCAAGCGACGCCGCAAGCAGGGCGGCCGUCCGCGCGGCAGCCCGUUGGACCAGUCCCCCAACGUCGCCUACUACCAGUUCCGCUACACCGACAUGGACUCAGACCGGCAGGAGCACCCGGGCAACUCGGACCACGCCGACGACCUGUCGCUGGAGGACGACGACGAGGACCUGCUUGACCACGACGAGGACCUGCUCGACCUCCCGCACGACAUCGCGCACGACGACGACAACAACAACAACAACCGGAGGCACCUGCUGAGCACCACGUCGGCGGGGAGCCUCUCGGACCUGGCGCUGUCCAGGCCCACGGAGGCGUCGGCGUCGGACUCGGACGAGGAGUGGACUUACCACGCGCAGGGCCACGGCAACGGCACCAUGAACGGCAACCUCAACGGCAACCUCAACGGCGGCAGGCACUUCAGCGAGACAAGGAGUGCAUCCAGCGCUUGGUGA